CUCUCUCACACUUUCUAACAAGCCAUUUCACAACAUCCACACAGCGGACCGGGCUGCACGCAGCAGCAGCGGCAGCUUUGCCCUCGGGGAUUUUUUUCUCUCCUCGUCAUCGACCAUAACUAACUAUUUGGAUUCGGCACGCGGAUGAGACCAAUUACUGGGCUUAAUCUAUCAUAAUGUCUCAUCUCUGAUCGGCUGAUAGGGAAGUGAGCUAAGCAAUGGCUGAGGAGAUCCGCGUCCACAGGGAGCGAGAAGUGGCGAUAUAGGAGAAAGAAGACUUUGAUUUGAGACUUAGAGAAACAGAUUGCUGGACAUCAUGUACAAAGUGAUGGAUUUUACACUCAGGAAGCAGCUGAGUGCGUUUGAUUUCGGAUUACUGUGACAAGCUGAUUUUUUAGAAGAUUUUUUUAGGGGUCUGCUUCUUAUCGCUCCUGUUCGCUGUCCUUCGGGUUCCUGCAGGACUCCAGAGUCGCGGAGAGCUCAUGCAGUCGCCAAGGGAGAGGAGUGAAGUGCGACCCCGAGCUGGAUGGAUGGUUAUGGGGGAAAGAGGGAGACCCUCGGCGCUUGAAGUGUGCAGAGUCCUCGUCGUGUUUUUCUCACUUUUUCCCUCCGUGAGUCUGCAGUGCAAGAUCCUUAAGUGUAACUCUGAAUUUUGGGCCUCCACGUCGAACUCUGGACCCGAGGAGGAGUUUUGCACGGCGCUGCGAGCGUAUAACAGCUGCGUGCGCCGGACUGCACGUACCUGCAGGGGUGACCUGACGUAUCACUCCGCCCAGCAUGGCAUAGAGGACCUAAUGAGCCAGCACAACUGCUCCAAGGAGGGACCGACAUCACAACCUCGUGCACGGACCCCGCUUCCUCCUCCACCGCCUCCGGUCCUGACCGACAGCCAGGAACGCUCCGAUGGCCCUGAGGUGUGCCACUAUGAGCGCAGUCUACAGCGCAACACAGCACCUAACUUCACCCACUGUGGCUUUUUUGGAGACCCACACCUUCGAACCUUUGCUGACGACUUUCAGACGUGCAAAGUGGAAGGAGCCUGGCCGCUCAUCCAUAAUAAAUACCUGUCUGUCCAGGUGACCAAUUCUCCUGUUGUACCAGGCUCUUUGGCUACGGCUACAAGCAAGCUGACGAUCAUCUUUAAGAAUUUCCAGGAAUGCGUUGACCAGAAGACGUACCACGCCGAAACGGACGAGCUGCCGGCUGCGUUUGCAGAUGGCUCCAAGAACGGAGGCGAUCGGUACGGAGCGAACACGCUGCGAGUGGUGGAGAAGGUUCCUGGGCAGCAUGUGGAGAUACAGGCCAGGUACAUCGGAACGACCAUUGUAGUCCGGCAGGUCGGCCGCUACCUAACUUUUGCCGUGCGGAUGCCUGAGGAAGUAGUGAACUCAGUGGAGGAAGGUGAUGACCAAGACUUAUACUUGUGUCUUCACGGCUGUCCCGCCAACCAACGCAUCGACUUUAGGAACUUCAGGGCUCGCGCAGCAGAGGCUCACAGCUUAGGUCGGACCAGUCAGGCGGGACCAGGCUUUACCUACCAGUCUGCAAAGGCCAAGUGCAAAGAGCGGCUCCCAGUAGAGGAUCUGUACUUCCAGUCUUGUGUGUUUGAUCUCCUCUCCUCUGGAGACAUAAACUUCACCAUGGCAGCCUACUACGCCUUUGAGGACGUAAAAAUGCUGCACUCAAACAGCAACAGAUAUCACAUCUUUGAAAACGAUGCUCUGAGCAGCGUGGCACAGCGGGGCAAAGACUCACUUCCUAUCUUCCUCCUCAACCUUCUUGCUGUUUUAUUGUGGGUUGAGUGUUGCGCACUACAUCUAUAGUCUACCUUAAUGUUGUGUUUGUCAGUGAGUGUUAGAGUAUCAUCGCUGUGUCGUGCACCGGCUGCUCACUCCUGCUCUGGCUGUCUGUUGACAAGUGGCUUGCCAUCCCAGCUCUUAGGUCUCGUUUUAGUGGUAUAGUCAUGUCCUGACGUCAGCCUAAUGACAAGACUAGUUCACCCCUCUUCCACCUAUCAUCACAUAUAUUUAGCUGCUUUAUAGAAGCGGUCUUUGAAGAGAGCAGUAGCGAGAAAGCCUAGCUACCCCAGAGCUUUGGAUAUCCACCUGGGAUUAAAUCCCACAUUCUCAUCAGGGCUGUAUGCUUAUGGGAAGCCGGACAAGAUGAUCUUUUGCAGAAAGAGGGGUUUGCUGAUCCUCCCUCCCCUCAUCCGCACAUUGGUGGCAAGCCAAUGAAGCUCUCUGUAGCUCAUGUGGCAAAGCAGGAGGACCUGACAGGGGCUUUUGUUAACCUUAGGCCAGAAGCAGCUCUAUGUUUGAUUAGUUUCCAGCUUUGGAAAAGCCUGAGCCUUUUGGAGGAAGCACCCAGCCAAAAGGAUGUCAGAGUAGCGUCUCCAGUUGUCUGCUGUGGAGAUUAAUGGGUCAUAUUGUUAGGAUGUGUGUGUGUGUGUGUGUGUGUGCAUGUGAAUUAGUACAAUAUGUGUGCAGAAUCGAGCAUCUGUGGUUAAUUUUGUGUGUUUAUGGGUGCAGGAGUUUCCAGAAAUGAGAUUUAACAAAAAAAAAAAAAAAAAAAAAAAAAGAACCUCCAGUGGGAGAAGUCUGCCAUGUGUUUGUGCUGCGCUCAAAAUUUCAGAAAUAGAAAAGUCGGCGCGCUCAAGUCUGGUCAAAUGGGAUCUAUCAGCCAAAUAGUAAAUUCCAGCGGGAACUAAUAAAAAGGGACUGUUUUUGGAUGCACAUCAUUUUUAGUGACAGACCCUUUCCCUCCAUUGUUUGAACUGACAUGUUGAUCAAAGUUUGUAUUUCAAAUCUAUUACGAGAAUGUAACAAACAAGAAAGUAAAAGGAAAAAAACUUAGUGGCACUCAGAGCGUUUACAGAAUGUAGAUCAACCAACCAGAGGACAAAAACUCUAAAUUUGUCUGCGUUUCAAGUCGCAGUUGAACAGCGGCGUACAUGCUGUCACCUCUAGUCAGUUCAGCAUUUAUAGACUAGCAAUGCGCUGACCUGACUACGGCCCAGUGAGUAAAUGAUAAGCAUAUGUCUGUAAACGUGACUUCAUGGCUUAACUUGUUGCCAAAGAACACGCUCUUGUGCCAAGAUUUGCCUAACAACUGAAUUUUCAUCUUUUCAACUCACAGUUCACAUUAAAGGGAUAUUUCAUUGUAUAGAACUUGUUUUUGUGGGUGAUUUUUUAAAAAUGAAAUACAGUAACACUUACUGUGAAAGCAACAUUUGUUUGUCUUUGCAGCUUCACCUUUGCUGUUCUUAUGUUUCAUGUUAAAACAUGCUCCUUGCUGCAAGAGCUUUGAACCUUGGCUGAGUAUCUGUUAGUGUGCAAAUCCUCCCUGUAGAUGCCGUUUUAUUAACGGGACAGUUUUCUGAUCAUUUAUCCUUUACACUGAAGUGUAUGGCAGGCCUUACUACUGCUACUUGGAAUAUGUGUACAUGCAGUUUGAAAACAACAAAAAAAAAAAGUUCCUGCAAACAGUCGAUUGUGAUGUUGAAUCUUGUGUUAAUAGAUGUAAUUUGUAUUGUGUGUUUUACAGUAUAUUGUACAUGUAUUAUGUGAGAUUGUAAAUAUGUUUUGUGCAUUGUUGAGUUUAAAUUUGUAUAUCACCAGUUGUGUUUUGAACUUAUCACUCCAGUUUUUGUACAUGAGAUAAUUUUGGUGAAUGUGAACCUUAUAUUUCUUUCAAAAAGGAUUUUUUUUAUCUUCAAAAACAUGGAUAACACAGAACAGAAAAGGUUUUGGCACAGUACACGCCAUGUAGGAGAAAUGAAAUUAAAUAUGUCGCACAUCUUGGAGGAAAAAAGAGAUUGUAGGAAAGUGUUGUGGGAUGUUCAUGUUUUUGAGUCUGAAGCACUUUAUGUUUUGUUUCUUUUUUGUUUGUUUGUUUCAUUUAGCUCCUAUUUUGUUUGAUUUGUGAUGUUUAAAAAGAAUAAAACAUAGCUGAAUGGGAAAUGCCAGAAAGAUCAAACUGUUGUAUAAAUCUGAUGUGGUCCCACACGCCAGCUGUUUUAAAAUGUAAGUUAUUUAUUGAAUAAAAGACAGUGUCUUGUUUA